AUGUUCAGCUCUCCAGUAUUCGGCUCAGAGGUUCAGCCCUCAAGUCCACGGCUCAAGAGGUCUGCUCUCCAAGACCUCAGCUCGGAUGCUCUGUCCUGGUCGCUGACCUUCGGCUCCAGAGUUCCUCCUGGUUGUGGAAACAGCAGUUUGAGUGGAGACAUGUACAACGCCGGCUACCAUGCGAUCACCAACGUAGACUACUCCUCGGUUUGCAUCAGUGUCAUGAGUGCCAAGUACAGCAGUAGUCCUGGGAUGACUUGGCACCAGAUGGACGUUCGCCAGCUCGCCUUCUCCGAUGCAUCCUUUGAUGUUAUCCUUGAGAAGGCCACGCUGGAUGCCAUCAUGGUUGAGGAGAAAUCGCCGUGGGAGGUCUCUCCAGAAACUUCCACUUUCAUUCAUCAAGCUCUGACGGAGAUAAGUCGCUGCUUGAAGCCCGGAGGCCGCUUCAUCUCCGUUACAUUCGCCCAGCCCUUCUUCAGGAAACGCCUCUAUGCCCGCUCCGAGUACAACUGGUCAGUCAGACACGACAGCUACGGAGAGGGCUUUGAAUAUUUUGUGUAUGUAAUGACCAAAGGAGAGCAGCUCAGCCCAGAAGAUGCAGCUCAGGAAAAGAAGCUCCUGGAGGAAGCCAAAUCCCAACCUGCCAGCAUUCCCACCUCACAAGAUGAAGACAGUAAUGAUUUCCUGUGCAACAUUAACUUAUGAUGUCGCUGGAAUGUGGAUAAUAACCUCAGGAAUAUAUUUAUAUCUUAACAUUCAGAAGUAGAAGUUUUAGCCAAAUGACAGCUGUAUCAUUUAAAGCCUUAAAAAUUAUAGAAACAUAAUUUUUGGCAAGCAUUUUUAGUAUUGUAAUGUUUUAGCUUUUUUGAACUUUUAUACACACUAUUGCUAUUUAAAAACGUUGUAAAAUGUAUUCGAUAUUUUUAGGAAUAUGUUUUAACAAAUUAAAUUGCAAAUCUGACCAACAAUAAACCCACUGGAUGCCUUAACCUGGUUUUUGGGUUAGAGUUAGUAAAAACUGGAUGAACCAAAAUCGACAGAACGUCUUUUGGAGGAAUUAUGGUUCUCUUCCUGAUGCAAAUAUUUCAGCGUUGUUCCACAGAUUUCAAAACUAAAACAACCAUGUUGGAGCGACGCAUGAGACAAGGUAUCAUAAAAUUGCUAAUGUUGUAUUGGAAUUGUAUACUAUCAACAAUUUGUUAGCUGUUCUGAUUUAUUUUGUUCUUCUGUUCUUUGACAUAAUUUACACAUUAUUGCCAGAUUUGUUAUCAGCCAAAUUCAUAUUUGUGAAGCAAAAGGAAAAUGAUGCAUUGUUUUUUUUUUAUUUUUUUUUUUUAAUACGACCAGAAAAGUGUGCUAAACAUUUGUAUUCAUUCCAUUUGCUCUGAUAACCCAAAAUAAAAAUCCUGUGCAGCCAAUGGUGCCCUGGUUAGAUCAGACCAAAAUUCUACUUUAUGGGCUGUAUGCACAACUAUGUGCAGCAGAAAACUAACGGCCAAAACGCACCGGACCCGAUUUGGCAUGUGAUGCGGCAAAAAAAGAAAAAAAAAAGGAAAAAAAAGAUGUAUAAUGUCUGUAGCAAUUACAAUAUGUUGAAGUGAAUGUCUGACUGUCAAAGAUGGACUGGGGUCUGAUAUGUUGAUAUGCUGUUCGGUAAAUACUCCGGUGGUCCGUAGAGGGAAGUCAGAGCCGGUGUGUUUUGAAGAAAUCGGUCCGGAGAGUGAACAGUUGAACGCAUCUGGUGUGUUUUGGUCUUAAGACUACACGUUACUCUGAACACAACAUUCCUAUAUUCAAACAUGGUGGCAGUAUCAUGCAUGCUGCGCAUGCUUUUUUUUCCAGCAGGUCCAGGAAGGCUGGUCAUGGUUGAUGAGAGAUAAGUGGAGCUAAAUAUGAGACAGUCCUGAAAGGAAAUUUGUCAAAAGACUUGAGACUGGGGUGGAGGUUUACCUUCCAGCAGAAUGUAAACCCUUAACAAACAACCAGAGCUACAAUAGAAUGAUUUAGAUCAAGCAUAUUGACAUGUUAAAAGGAUCCUUCCAAAGUCUGCACCAAAAUCAUAUAUGUGACAAUUAAAAAUCACUGCUCACAGGUGCUCUCCACCCAAUCUGACUGAGUUUUGCAAAGAUGUGCAAAGCUGGUAGUAAUGUCCCAGAGGGGGAAAACAAUUUUUUUCCCCACAUGGACACUGCACUUCUUUAGAUUUCUACUAUAUCCUAUAUAGUAUCCUUUCUAUAUCCUUUCAUGCCACUAUAUAAUUGUGUUCUACUUUGUCCAUCACAUAAAAUUUGUGUAAAUUUACAUUGAGGACAAUGUAACGCGAGAACAUGUUACAAAGCUCAAAAGGCAUGAAUACUUAUAUAAUGCAAGAGAUUCUUGAGGGGAUGCAGUCAUAUAAUUGGCACAUGAAAGCCCCGAUGUAAACGUAUUUCAGUGCAUAUUUUAACUAUCCACAUCUGAUUCCUACUGCACAAAGCAAACCAUGGGGUGAACUGUGAAAAUGAUAAGUCAUCAGGUAGUGAAAGCACUACAGAAAAUUACCAUCCAGCAGCGAUGAGACAGAAGCGGUUAGUCAUGACCUCUUGAGGUUCCCCUCCUGUAUGUGUCAGACAUUUCAGCCUGCUCUGCUAUAUCGUUGCUUCUACUUCACAUCAUAAUGGAGUAAAAUAAAAUUCCUGCAUGUUUUUUUUCUUUUCUUCCUCAAAGUUUUAGAGGACGCUUCAGACGUCUGUGGUCCUGCAGUGCAAUUUGAGUUUGUCACUUUUAAGCAAUUUGCCAAACAAACCGUCACGUCUCGAUCCAACACUGGAGAGCUGCACCAGUCUGCAUGUUAAGUGGGUGUUAAACUCCAUCAGUAUGUCUGUCAGUGUCCUCUUCUCAUCUGCUGCUGAAGUCUGCUUUAUUUUCCACCCAAAAGCUUCAAGGAGAGUCGAAUCUUUUUUUUUGUUUUUGUAA